UUGGGGCGUUCAGUUGGUAAAAGUGUUGCGUUGCGUAUGGUUUGAGCUGAAACUACCGCAGUGUUUUCAAAUCAAAAACAAAAAUAUAACUGCAUAUUUUUCACUUUUGAUACACAAAAGCUAAAAAGGAACUGUGCAAAAUAAUAAUAAUAAAAAAACAGACACAACAAAAAACGCAUUCGAAUAUAAAGCAGCGGUGUACAAAAACAACAAAAAAGCUCCACGAAGUGCACGACAGUUCAGAAUUAAACCACGAAAGAUGUCGCUGUUGCGUACUGUAUUGUUGCUGGCUUUCGGUGCCACCGUCGCCUUGGCUCAACGUCGUCUAGCGUUGCCGGAUCCACGGAGUUGCGCUAAUCGUGUUCGCCAUGCCACGUACCGUGAUGCGCGCGGUGUUGCCCACUCAUAUUUCUUCAGCUGGGAGCAUGCGCCGACGCGCAGUCUCGAAGUCGACUGGUUGGAUGCGCGUAAUAUUUGCCGUCGCCACUGCAUGGAUGCCGUUUCACUGGAGACACCACAAGAGAAUGAAUUCAUCAAGCAGCGCAUAGCGCGUGGCAAUGUGCGUUACAUUUGGACUUCGGGUCGUAAGUGCAAUUUUGCUGGCUGUGAUCGUCCCGACUUGCAGCCACCAAAUGAGAAUGGCUGGUUCUGGUCGGGUUCGGGCGCCAAAAUCGGACCCACCUCGCAGCGCAACACCGGCGAUUGGUCACAUACCGGCGGCUACAAUCAACCACAACCGGACAAUCGUGAGGCUGCACAGGGCAACGAUGAGUCGUGCUUGUCGAUUUUGAAUAAUUUCUACAACGAUGGACUCAAAUGGCACGAUGUGGCCUGCCAUCAUUUGAAGCCGUUCGUGUGCGAGGACUCCGAUGAGCUCUUGAACUUUGUGCGUUCACGCAAUGCCGGUAUUCGUCUGUAAGUUCGCGCGCACUGUAUGCUAAUGGAAAGGGUGUGCUGGUUGUACUGUUAGUUUUGUCAUAGCAUGAUGGAAUGUGACGAUUGUGGAUGCAUGGAACGUGACCUUUGUUGCUGUUUUUGUUUAUGUUUAUGGUUUAUUUGUAUUAUUAUUUGUAAUGUUUUUGUUUAAGGCUUACCGAUUUGUUUCGCAAUUGGCAAGAAAUUUUCGAAGGUUUGAACAAAAAACGCUGUUUUAGUUUUUAAGUGGAAUUUGAAAUUAAUUUAUGUUAAAAUUACAAAUAAAAUCGAAAAACUUUGUUGAAAA